AUGAUGAAGAGGCAGUUUAAUCGGAUGCGGCAGCAGCUCUCCCAUCCCAGCAUCACAGGACGAGCCCAAGAAACAGCCGAGUUCCUGACUGAAGACUUGCUGCAGAUUGAGCAGAGAAUCGAGCCAGCCAAACGGGCAGCGCACAAUGUGUCCAAGAGGCUCCAGGCAUGCCUGCAGGGGCAGUGCGGUGCAGACAUGGACAAACGAGUGAAAAAGCUGCCCUUGAUGGCUCUUUCCAUCACUAUGGCUGAGAGCUUCAAAGAACUGGACACCGAUUCCAGCCUCGGGAGAGCUCUAGAGAUGAGCUGCUUCAUACAAAGCAUGCUGGCCAAAGUCCUGUCUGAGUUUGAAAUCACCUUAGAGAGAGACGUCCUACAGCCUCUGAAUAAACUGAGUGAGGAGGAGCUGCCUGUCAUCCUGAAACACAAGAAGAAUCUUCAGAAGCUGAUCUUGGACUGGAACUCCAUCAAGAGCAGGCUGAACCAAGCUGUCAAGAACUCCAGUAACAGCGCUGGUGCUGGCCCCGGCCCCGGGGGGUCGUCCGCUGCCAUCAAACUGGAGAACCUGAAGGAAGAGGAAGAGGAGGUGAAGCGAAGAGUGGAGCAGUGUAAGGAUGAGUACAUGGCUGACCUCUAUCACUUCUCCACCAAGGAGGACAGCUAUGCUAACUACUUCAUCAAACUGAUGGAAAUCCAAGCUCAGUACCACCGGAAGUCUCUGGAAUCUCUGGACACAGUCUUGGCGGAGCUGAAGGAGACCCACGGCCAGGCAGAGCCCCCUUUCCCCAUAGAUACCCCGGUGUCGGGGUAUUAUGGGGUGCCUUUGGAGACACACCUGAGGAUUUUGGGUCGGGAGAUCGCCCUCCCCAUUGAAGCCUGUGUCAUGAUGCUGCUGGCGUCGGGCAUGAGGGAGGAGGGACUCUUCAGGUUGGCAGCAGGGGCCUCGGUGCUGAGGAAGCUGAAGUGCAGCUUGGCCAGCGGGUCCAACGCACUAGAGGAAUUCUACUCCGACCCACACGCUGUUGCAGGUGCACUGAAAUCCUACCUGCGAGAGCUGCCCCAACCCUUGAUGACCUUUGAACUCUACGAUGACUGGUUUAAAGUAGCCUGUUUCAAGGAGCCAGAGGGCCGUCUACAGAGCCUCCAAGACACCUGCAGCCAGCUCCCCCAGGACAACUACAACAAUCUGAGGUAUUUGAUCCGGUUUUUAGCUAAGCUGGCUGAACAUCAGGAAGUGAAUAAAAUGACCCCUAGCAACAUCGCCAUCGUCCUGGGCCCCAACCUGCUGUGGUCACAGCAGAGCACAGGAGACCCGUUGCAGCUAGACAUGGCCUCCGUGUCCUCCAUCCAGGUGGUGGGCAUCGUGGAGGCCCUGAUACAGAAUGCCGACGCUCUCUUCCCUGGAGAGAUAGACUUCAAUGUUUCCGGCAUGUUCACUCCCCCCCCGGAGAUCAAACCCAGUGAAGCCCCUUCAGUGGAAGAGCCCUCGUCUCAGCCCCUUCCUGCCAGCGCUCCCUCUCUAACACCUGGAGAAGCCAGGAGAGACCCCGAGACGUCCUCUGGACCAGUCUCCCCAAAGGCGACCAGAACUUCUCCUGUGGCUGUGGGCCCCUCGGCUGAUGACACCACACGCAAAAUGAAGCGAGCUGCCCCAGUCCGACCCGUGGUGCCCCCACCACAGGUGCAGCCUCGAACCCAAACUCCCACACCUCAAAACCCACCUGUGCCUGAGAGCACUGCCAUCCCCAAAGUCUUCCCUCGCCGAACGGUGGGCGGGCCGCGGGCCUGCCCAUCAGGCCGAGUGCGCGCGCUGAUAGGUGGCGGCGCUUCGCCUAGCGGUGAGGUCAUUCCCGCGGGAGAAAGCAGCAUGGCGGCCUGCAGGCGGCUGAGCGGGGCGAGCGCGCGGGAGGUGCUGGGCCCGGCGCAGGGGCUGCUGUUCGAUUGCGACGGGGUGCUGUGGACCGGCGAGCGGGCGGUGCCCGGCGCGCCCGAGCUGCUGGAGCGGCUGAGCCGCAGCGGGAAGGCCACGUUCUUCGUCAGCAACAACAGCCGGCGCUCGGUCUCCGAGCUGGAGCAGCGCUUCAGCCGCCUGGGCUUCCGCGGCGUGCGGGCCGAGCAGGUCUUCAGCUCCGCGCUCUGCUCCGCGCUCUACCUGCGCCAGCGGCUGCUGGGGGCCGGCGACGACGCCUGCCCCGGGCCCGGCCGGGUCUUCGUGCUGGGCGGGGAGGGGCUGCGCGGGGAGCUGCGGGAGGCCGGGCUGCGCCUGGCCGGGGAGGGCGACCCGGCCGGCGGGAAGGACGAGCCGCCGGUGCGCGCCGUGCUGGUCGGCUACGAUGAUCAGUUCACCUUCGCUAAGCUGUCCGAGGCCUGCGGCUACCUGCGCGACCCACAGUGCCUACUGGUGGCCACCGACCCCGACCCCUGGCACCUGCUCAGCGACGGGCAGUGCACCCCGGGGACAGGGAGUCUCAUGGCUGCAGUGGAAACAGCCUCAGGGCGCAAGGCGGUGGUGGUGGGGAAGCCGAACACGUAUAUGUUCGACUGCAUUGUAGAGCGCUUUGGUGUGGACCCUUCCAGCACCCUCAUGGUGGGCGAUCGGCUGGAGACAGAUAUCCUGUUCGGCAAGAACUGUGGGCUUGCCACGGUCCUGACCCUGACUGGUGUGUCCCGCCUGGAGGAGGCACAGGCCUACAUGGCCAGCGAGAGCCCUGCUGCAAAGGACCUGGUGCCCAACUACUAUGUGGACAGCAUUGCAGACUUGAUAGCAGGCCUGGAUGAGUAGGGGGUGGGGUGGAGUGUGGGGGGGUUCCCAAUCCUAGUCCAGAUUUCCACCCAUUCCCAUUCUUCUCUCCCUUCUUUCUCAAUUCCUGGUUCUACCCAGUCCAUUAUUUAUGCAUUUAUUUUGCAGGGGGGCAGGGUGUGAGUAGUUGUCUUUCCUCCUUUAUCCUGCCAAGAACAAAACUUGCCUGAUAGAAUCCUUCCCCUUCAGUUAAACCUGCUACCACUGACUCUAAAGGAGAACUGGAAGCCUUGUGUUAAAAGCAGGGCGGGGGCAUGUGCAAGCCAAACCAGUGUCUGUUUGCUCCCCAGUGGGGUGAGGGCAGGCUGUCUUAUUUUUCUUUUGUAUAUAACCAGUGGCGGCCUUUACUGCUAUGCCCUCCACUCUCUGUGGAAGAAAGUGUAGGGAAAAGGCUCUUCUGGCCAGACCAGUGAAGUGUAUCAGUAACGAACUGUGUAGCUUUUGCCUGUGUCUGAUGGGUUGUGAUCCCACUACUACAGUGGGAAAGGGAUCAGUGUCCAUACCUCACUGCUAUUGUGUGGCUGUGCACGAGAUAGCGUUGGUAUUGUCAGUGCUGUGAACGUGCCACAGCCCUGGAAAUCAUUCCUUGCUGCUUUGUCUUUUUACAAUUUUAUUUAUGAAUUAACUUAUUUAUGGAAGUGUUUGUAUAAAUUAUUGCUGAUUGGCUGUGCCGGGGGUGGGGACGGUGCCUUUGGGCCCCACUCACUGCUUCUGUCCCAUAUUGUUGUGGUUCUUUGACACUCGCCAUUUUUCAGUAUAUAAUAAAGUGCGAGCGUGAGCUGGAA